AUGGAAGAGCACCGCAUCUGGCAGAUCAAACUUCCGCCCGAGGAGUGCCCUAAUCCGGACUCCUUAGGCUCACUUGAAGCCAUUUACCGCGAAUUAUGUCGCAUCGACGACAUAGAUCGGAGACUCACCAAGUCAAGGCUUGAGGGAUACGACGACAGUUGGUGGGAAUACUUUGACGGGAACAGCAAUGGAGACUACGCAACAGAAGAACAGAUCGACGCUGCGUGCCGAGAUGUAACCUGGCGGGUUGAUCGUGACCGCGAGGCCCUGAGGGGGAAAGCUAUGCAUCUUUCACACGACACCUUGAGACGCCUCGGUAUCCUUGAUUUACCCAUGGAGAUCCUCGUCCGAAUCUUCGGCUUCCUCCAGCACCAAGACAUUGAGGUUAGGGAUAAUAGCAUUAUCUACUGGCCCUCCAAAGUCCAGUCCGUGUCGAAUGCAAGUGAGCCACUUCUCACAAUAUACAACGCGCGUCAAGUCUGCCGUCUCUUCAACACACUCGCCUCACCACUCCUCUGCCCAUUUCUCAAUCUGAAAAUCGAACAAGAAUCUCUGGAUCGCGCCGAGAUUCUCCUCGAGAACCCAUACAUCGCCAGUGGUGUCAUGGGCAUCCAGGUGUCACUCGAGUACCGCCCUAUCGAACUAGCAGAGAGUUUCAGGCGGUUCGCCAUAGUCAGGAUGGAACAUCUUGGCCGGAUGAAUCGCGCCGUGGAUUGGCCCAUCGGUGUUACCGAUGAGGAGGAGCAGGAAUCUAGACCGGACCAUCUUCGAAUAGGUAAUUACCAGGAGAUAUACGAUGCGUGGGAUUAUUUUCUCGGGUUCAUGGGAGAGCCGGCCUACUUGCCUUUGGAUGAAGAAGAGGAUGGCCGAAUCUUUGAGCCAAAGGGAACAUACCAGCCAGACAGGGUAGCACUUGAAUUCUGGAGAAUUUUCUGCAACGGCCACAAAGAAUACGUCAGACUUCAAAAGUCCCAGCACGACUUGAUCCAAUCUCGGACCUUUGUCAAAACUCUGUCAUCGCUGGCCUCGCGACUGAACCGACCCCUCGCCCUGAGGUUGCAUAGCAGUUUCGACUCCGACGGAUUAUGGAACCGGCACGACGCCUACAAGAUUCUCACCGACAAUGCGGAACUCGCCAAGUUUAUGCCUACAGCAAACACCUGGAGUGAGAUGAUGCACACCAUGAGGAGCCCCGUCAUUCUCCAUCAGGUAAAGAUUCUUUCCGAACUCCCCAUAGCCAUGCACGAGGCUGGAGUUGUGCUGAGGUACCUGACGGUUGGUUGCUUCCCUGAAUUGAACAGCUAUUCCACACUGUGUCCCGGCGAGGACGAGAGUCUCGAUUCUCCAGAAUGGGGAGACUUGUCGGCAGCAUGCCAACAUCUCGAAGUUUUCCAGGUUGAAUGGGGUGGCCGCCCUGCGCGAGGAAACUUCCUGGACCUCGGGGACGAGGUCUACAAUGAAAGAUACGUCAACUCGGUGCUUUCAAGUCAACAGCUCCAACAUGUCAAUGUUACAAUCAGCCCCUUUGGUCUAACCGACAGCACUGGCCAUACCACAAUAAGAGUACCACACAUGCCAGCUGUCCUGGCAAACAUCAACUGGCCACGAAUCAAACACGUCAGCAUCAACACUUUGAGUCUAAAUUAUGAGGAGCUCGAACACUUCUGCAAAGCUCUGGGUUUAAACGUCGAGUACAUCGGACUCAUAUCGAUCAACUUGGAAAGCGGCAGUUGGGCAAAUAUCCUCGAUAUACUGCGCGACAAGAUGGCCAGUAGCCGCAAAUCAGAGAGGUGCCGAGUCUGGCUGGCCGAUCUGCGAGGAGGCGAACUUGGCCAGAGGGGGAGUAGCUUCGUCAACCGUACGCCGUUCCCCAGGGGACAGGAGCUGGAGGAUCCAGGGUUGAUAGAUUGGUUUCGGGACUACAUCAAGGGAGAGAUGGACGAGAAUCCAGCGGUCAAAAGUAGAUUUUUCUGGAGUUCAGGGACGCCGAAGGCUUGA